GCCGUCUUCCCCGUAAAGUCUCGAACACGACAUUCGCCGUGAUUCUGCCUGGAGCAGACGCUCAACUCUGACUCAACCUCUUGCGCGUCCUCCGUUCCUACCUAAAAGCUACCUCACCGAGAGUUGCUCCUUCCUUUGGCCACCUCCCAUCUGGACAACAAAUUUUGCCAUCCGCAGUUUUCUCUCCCCUCCGACGACCCCUCGCCUCUUCAUCAACCCGACUUCGCGCUUCAACGCUCUCUAUCCACCCUUACCUUCACCUAACCUCACAUUCUCACUACUAUAAUGGCUGCUGUCGCUGAGAACGGCCACGCCCCCGUGGCCGACGAUAACGCCGCCCCCGUGGCUGCCGCCGAGCAGAAGGAACAGACGAACGGCGACUCUGUCACAGUAUUCCACGACCCCGAUAACUUCAACGUUAAGCAUCCUUUGAUGCACGAGUGGACUCUCUGGUUCACCAAGCCCCCAAGUGGCAAGGGCGACAACUGGAACGACCUUCUGAAGGAGGUCGUGACUUUCAACUCUGUUGAGGAGUUCUGGGGAAUCUACAACAACAUCACGCCGACCUCCGAAUUGGGCCUCAAGGCAGACUACCACCUUUUCAAGAAGGGUGUCAGACCGGAGUGGGAAGACCCCCAGAACAAGCACGGCGGAAAGUGGUCAUAUUCUUUCAAGGAAAAGCGCUCCGUGCCCAUUGACGACUUGUGGCUGCACGCUCAGCUGGCGGCUAUCGGCGAGACUCUCGAGAACGAUGGCGACAGCGAAGUUAUGGGUGUUGUUGUGAACGUGCGUAAGGGCUUCUACCGUGUUGGUUUGUGGACACGGACUGUUGGCAAGGCCAUUCCGGGUGACAAGAACAACACCCGCACGCCCGCCCAGGGCAAGGAUAUUCUCGAGGCCAUCGGCCGGCGCUUCAAGGAGGUUCUCCGUCUCAAGGAGGCGGAUGCCGUUGAGUUCUCCGGACACACAGACAGCGCACACAGCGGCAGCACGAGGGCCAAGGCCAAGUUCGUCGUCUGAAGCACCUGCUAUGUUGUGUCGCUUUUGCUUUACGAUAUCUUAACGCGGUGUUUUCGCAUAUUUUUGCUAUGGAUUAAUGGGAAAGGGCUCUGUGAUGAUGCGCGGUAACGAACGGGAAAGGAUCAGUACAAAGCAUUGCGUGUGGGAGGAGGCUCAUUCCAAAUUGGCUUGCCAGCACUUCGCAGUGAGGUGAUGAUCUGGGUUGCAGGUCUUUUCCUCAAGACGUAUUUCUGACGAGGUUUAUACCAUAUUCUGUUAAAUUUCAGUGUUAUCCCUCUCGGGAUCGGAGAAUAAAAGAAAAUGAUUGAAAUUGCUC